CUGCGCAACCGCGUCAGUCGACGAGGCUUCCCUUUACCAAGAUGGCGGACGACAGUGAGACAGCGGUGAAAGGGACGGCAAGCGAGGAGAAUAAUCAUCAACAUUGCAGCGAUUGUGAGAACGAUGAUGAGCACAAUUACAACCAAAGUGGCUUAAGCUCAACAGAUGAAAGUGUGUGUAAAAAGAAGAAGAAGAAACAGAAACGGAAGAAAGAAAAGGGGGAGCAAUUUGAUCUAGUCCAAGAUCAAUCUGCAAAGGUGAAUUCAUUGCCAGCAGAAAGGAUGCAGGAGAUUCAAAAAGCCAUUGAGCUCUUCUCUGUAGGACAAGGGCCUGCUAAGACCAUGGAAGAAGCCACUAAACGCAGCUAUCAGUUCUGGGAUACACAGCCUGUGCCCAAGUUAGGUGAGGUAGUAAACACUCAUGGACCUGUUGAACCAGACAAGGACAACAUCCGACAGGAGCCCUAUACCUUGCCACAGGGCUUUAUGUGGGAUGCCCUGGACUUGGGGGAUCGAGGUGUGCUGAAGGAACUAUAUACUCUCCUGAAUGAAAACUAUGUGGAAGAUGAUGACAACAUGUUUAGGUUUGAUUAUUCCCCUGAAUUUCUCCUGUGGGCUUUGCGUCCUCCAGGCUGGCUUCCCCAAUGGCAUUGUGGUGUCAGGGUGAUCUCAAGCAAGAAGUUGGUUGGCUUCAUUAGUGCUAUUCCAGCUGCUAUCCUCAUAUAUGAAACAGAAAAGAAGAUGGUAGAAAUAAACUUCCUUUGUGUGCACAAGAAACUGCGUUCCAAAAGGGUGGCACCUGUUCUGAUCCGGGAGAUCACCCGACGAGUCCACUUGGAAGGGAUUUUUCAGGCAGUAUACACAGCUGGUGUAGUUCUACCAAAGCCUGUUGGGACAUGCAGGUAUUGGCAUCGGUCACUGAAUCCACGCAAGCUGAUUGAAGUAAAAUUUUCCCACCUCAGUAGGAACAUGACUAUGCAACGCACCAUGAAGCUUUAUCGGCUUCCUGAGACUACUAAGACACCGGGGCUACGGCAAAUGGAGCGCAAGGAUAUCCCUGCUGUGCACAAACUUCUGGCAGAAUAUUUGAAACAAUUCCAUUUGUCCCCUAUGAUGACUGAAGAAGAGGUGGAGCAUUGGUUUUUGCCCCAGAUCAAUAUCAUUGACACAUUUGUUGUUGAGAACACUGAUGGGAAGGUGACAGAUUUCCUGAGUUUCUACACACUGCCCUCCACCAUUAUGAAUCAUCCGACACACAAGAGUUUGAAGGCAGCCUAUUCUUUCUACAAUGUCCACACCAAAACACCUCUUAUUGACCUCAUGAAUGAUGCUCUCAUACUGGCCAAAUUGAAGGGUUUUGAUGUUUUUAAUGCACUGGAUCUUAUGGAAAACAAGACCUUCCUGGAAAAGCUGAAAUUUGGAAUUGGUGAUGGAAACUUGCAGUAUUACUUCUACAAUUGGAAAUGCCCCAGCAUGGGAGCAGAAAAGGUUGGCUUGGUGCUGCAAUAACCAAUUUUCUCCGAAGAAGGGCAGGCGGAAACUGAAGGCUGGGGCCAAUUGCCAGCAUGGAACUGCCGUCCUCAUGGUUCAGAGUUCCAUGGAAGUGACAGAGUCCUGGGGAGGAGCUGGUGCCCACUGCAUUAGCUAUGUGACCUGACAUUUCUGAUGAUUGUAUCAUGUGCCACUGAGCACACCAGUGUAUUUCUACCAGCUCUUGGCCUUUCCCCUCCCCCUUCCCCUCAUACAACAUGAUCAAGGGAAUGUAACUGCUGAGAACUAGCUCACAAUUUUAAAAUUGGCAUAUAUUGGAGUUAACGGGUGAAUAAUAAUAUAAAUUAUAUUAUAUAUUCUAUAUUUUAACAAUGAUUGCUGUUCAUCUGAAGUGCAAAAUGGGGUGGUACCAUCAGGCAGCAUAGCUUUUUAAUCUUAGAAUUAUUGUUCAAAGAAAUAUUAAUUGCCUGUUGGUUUAUUAUGAUGCUUUUUUCAAAAAAAAAAAAGACCAAAAAUUUGGCUCUUUGGAUUUCUGUCAGAAGAGUACAGUGCAUUCCCUCUUUCCAAAAGAGGUGUAUUCCCUCUUUUUAUGAGGCAAAAAUGAUUCUGAGCUGCAGUACAUAAUUGGCCUAGUUAAUGGAAGUUUUAAAGCCAGCUUUCAGUUUUUACAUAGCACUAUGGCCUUUUUAAUUCCAAUCCCUUGUUAAGACGACUUUCUUUUAAAAACCAAAGGGCUAUUUUAAUGAUGGAUGAUCUUUACUUCAUGGUGGAAUGGGGUAUGAAUCCCAGCUAUUGUUCCCUGGAUGUGCGCUAAUAAAACUAUAGUAUAAUGUUUGAAUAACCAAA